AUGGCCGCCGCGACUAAUGGUGAUGCAGCUGCCGUUCUCGAAGAUAUCAAACCACCCCAGGGCGUUGUGCUGCCGCCCAAGGAAUUCCGAACUAUCCUUGAGAAGACUGCCGGUUUCGUCGCCAGAAAUGGCAUUGUAUUCGAGGACCGUAUCCGCGAGAAGGAGAAGAACAACCCCAAAUUCAGCUUCUUGAACCCUGCCGAUCCCUACAACCCUUAUUAUCUAUGGCGAUUGAGCGAGAUCAAGGAAGGUCGCGGCAAUGUCGUCUCCGCGGGGCGGGCAGGCGAAGCUGCUGCUGCUGUCGAAGAAAAGCCUGCUGGGCCCCCCCAACCUCCGGACUUCAAGUUCUCGGCUCGUAUGCCCAAUAUUAGUGCUCAGGACCUCGAAGUCGUCAGGUUGACGGCCCUGUUCGUCGCCAAGAAUGGACGACAAUUCAUGACGGCACUUUCUCAGCGAGAAACAGGAAACUACCAAUUCGAUUUCUUGCGGCCCAAUCACAGUCUCCACAACUUCUUCCAGCAUCUGAUAGACCAGUACUCCAUGCUGCUGCGCGCCAGCGGUAUUGACGGAGAAGGGGGGCGACAACAACAAGAACGAGUUGCCGAGCUGCAACGCAAUGUUGACGACAAAUUCCACGUGCUGACGCGGGCACGGCAACGAGCAGAGUGGCUCAAGCAUCAAGAAGAUGAGAAACACAAGAAGGAAGAAGAUGCCGAGCAGGAACGACAGCAAUACGCGCAAAUCGACUGGCAUGAUUUUGUCGUUGUCGAGACCGUCGUCUUCACUGAUGCUGAUGACCAAGCCAACCUGCCUCCACCGACCUCGCUGAAUGAUCUCCAGUACGCCUCACUCGAACAAAAAGCCAAGGUGUCCGUAGGUGCCAACUUUCGCAUCGAGGAAGGCUUUCCUUCGGAAGAGGACAGCACAUAUAAUGCAACUGCUGUCCCGGCUCAGCCAAGCUACAACAUCCCCCAUCAUCCAGCUGCAUAUCCUGCCCAGCCCGUGCCAGGGGUCCAGUCAUAUCCUCAGCAAACGCCCGCUUCACAGCCUGCGUACCAAAUGGCACCACCACCCAGAGCAAAUGGUUACGAGGAUGAAGAAUCUGCAAGGAUAAGAGAAAGAGAAGAAGCUCGCGCUCGUCUACAUCAAGCACAGGCUGAUGCCAAGGGAGGUGCCGCGCCCCUGAAGAUUAGAGAGAACUACGUGCCUCGCGCCGCGGCACGCGCUGCGAGCAAGCAGAACACGCAAUUGGCGCUCUGCCCGAACUGUAAUCAGCAAAUACCGCUCAACGAGCUGGAGGACCACAUGCGUAUCGAGAUGCUGGAUCCUCGCUGGAAAGAGCAGAGAGCCAGGCAUGAGUCCAGAUAUGCCACGUCCAACUUGGUGCAGGCAGAUGCAGCCAACAACCUCAAGAGAUUUGCCAGUCAGCGCAGUGAUCUCUUUGAUGGCGUGACAGGCCAGCCGAUUACGGAAGAAGAGCAAGCGCGACGGAAGCGGGCUGCUCUCAACAGUUACGAUGGAAACCCGGAUAAUCGCAGUCAGCCGCAUACAGCACAAAUGCAGAGUACAAAUGUGGAAGAGCAGAUUCGCGCCAUUCACCAGAAAUUCAAGCCUCAGGGUUAA